CUAGCCCAUUCGUUAGCUUCAUUGAUAAGCGAUAAGAGAGCUUUAUCCAAGAGGUGACUUUAAUAAUAAUAAUCUUGUGCUAGGCGAAGCCUUUGAGCGCCACAUAAAGCCUUGAAAUACUUUGUAUUUCGUCCUUCCAUACAGUUUUUACUGUUCUGAAGGCGAAACGCUUUGCGUAAAAGUAAGAAUCCCACCAUUUGUGAAUUAUACUUCUAUUUAUCUAAAGUUGAGUUGUUGACAAUCGGAACUUUGUGGUAUUGAAACGCGCACUGUUGUCUUUACGCGACAAGCCGACACCGUAUUCCAAACGGUAUCGCGACACUUGAAGCCGUGUCGCAUUUCGAUUCGCCAUGGGGAAGCGCAAGAAGAGUUCGAGAAAGCCUCAGGGCAAGAAGAAGAACGAUCCCCUACCUACUAUAUUCACGUGCUUAUUCUGUAACCACGAGCGAUCGGUCACCGUCGAAAUGAAUAAGAAAUCUGGCGUCGGUGAACUGGAAUGCAAAGUAUGCGGCCAGAGAUUUCAAUGCGGAAUUAACUAUCUUUCUGCGCCCGUCGACGUCUAUAGCGAAUGGAUUGAUGCAGCAGAUGCUGUCGCAAAAGACGAUACUACUGGAGGCGCCUCUGGCUCAGCCCCGGGUUACCGGUUAGGCUCAAAACAAUCGGCAGCUGGUCGCUAUGAUGACGACGAAGACGACCGCGGGUACGAGGGAGAGGGUGUUGUGGGAGACGAUGACGAGUACUGAGCAGAUAUGAUACUAUACUUUUGAUGAAUUAAGCCUCACUUUGCCGGAUCAACGCGAUAAAAUCAACUCGGUAGUGAUAACGCCUACAUCAUAUGACAUGCAGUUAUUGCCGUUAAGGCACGUGUUAUCUAAUGUCUGCAACCCGUCUGACUACACGUCGGUCCUCCAUAGACUAUACCGUCUGUCGUGGAAGUUGUCGCCCUUACUCUUUACAGAACGGGCAGUCAUCAGGGCUCCAAAUAAUGAUGUAUACUACUAAUAGGCGUUAAAUUCUACUUACUCUUGUCUUCCGAAGUCCGUGGUUACGAUUAAUCCGCGUUACAUGGUGUAGAACCGAUCCCCGAAGUCACCCAAGCCUGGAAUGAUGUAACUAAGAGAACGUCAGUGAAGGCUUCCAUAGCAAAGCUUUGUCGACAUACUUCUUCUCGUCAAGGCCCUACAAGGUAUCCGAAUUAGUAUUUGCAAUGGGAUGAACUUAGGAGAGCAGACAAGAUUUCUUACCUGAUCGAUGAAUGCUGUAACA